AUGACUAAUAUAGAAGCAGAUAGUGAUAAAAUAGUCAGGGAGAUUGGAAACCUCGUGCAGCUGCGGCGAUUAUCCAUCACAGAGAUGAGAAGAGAAGAUGGAAAGGAGUUGCUCUCCUCCCUCUUGAGGCUGACCAACCUUCGAGACUUGUCCAUCUCCUGUAUUAAAGAAGAUGAGACACUUGAUCUCCAACAUUCCAUCUUUCCAAAACAUGAAUUCCUCACACGUCUGAGAUUGAAGGGGCGUUUAGAGAGAGUACCGCAAUGGGUGACAUCACUUCAAUCCUUGAGAACCUUACAGUUGGACAAUAGUAGGUUGAAAGAAGAUGAGAAUGUAAUUGGCUCCCUCGGACAUUUGCCCAAUUUGAUAUCACUUAUUCUCCGUUGUGCUUAUGAAGGGGAGACGAUAUGUUUCAAGGUUGGAGGAUUUCGAAAACUCCAGCGCUUAGAGCUUGGGCAAUUAACAAGACUGAAAUGGGUGAGAGUGGAAGAGGAAUCAAUGCCUAGUCUUAGAUAUCUGCAAUUAGUUGGUUGUAAAUUGAUGCAAGAGUUGCCUUCAUGCAUCCAAAACUUGACCAGACUUGAAUAUCUUGGGUUUUAUGAAAUAUCUGAUGAGCUAGUGCACAAAGUACAGAAUUUGGAUAAACAAAGUGAAGAUUAUCAGACAAUUUCUCAUAUCUCUCAAGUUUGCACUGGUUACUGGAUUGAUGGUCGAAGAUCCGUUGCGGAAAUCGAUGUGAAAAGCAAGAUUUUGAUCAUUGGCGGCACCGGAUACAUUGGCAAAUACGUAGUGGAGGCAGGUGCAAAAGCAGGGCACCCAACUUUUGCAUUGGUCCUAGAAAACACAAUUUCAGAUCCUAAAAGGGCAGCCAUCAUAGAGAGCUUCAAGAGUUUGGGAGUCGCAUUUCUUUAUGGAGAUCUACACGAUCAUCAGCAGUUGGUAAAUGCAAUCAAACAAGUUGAUAUAGUGAUCUCGACAGUCGGGGGAGAUUUGGUAGCUCAUCAAGUUAAGAUAAUUGCAGCAAUUAAAGAAGCUGGUAACAUCAAAAGAUUUUUACCUUCUGAGUUUGGAAAUGAUGUGGAUCGUUUGCAUGGCUUUGUUGAGCCUGCCGCUAGAUUAUACAGAACCAAAGUUGAGAUCCGCAGAGCUGUCGAGGCUGAAGGGAUACCUUACACUUAUUUAGUAUCUAAUGGUUUUGCUGGUUAUUUGAAUUAUUUCCUUAACCCCUUUGGAGACUCUAGCUCUGCAAGUCCUCCCAGAGACAAAAUUGUCAUUCUUGAUGAUGGAAAUCCAAAAGUCGUUUUCUCGAAGCAAGAAGACAUAGCUGCAUACAUCAUUAAAGCAGCAGAUGAUCCAAGGACCCUGAACAAGAUUGUGUACCUUAGACCACCUGCCAACACUCUGUCCUACAACGAAAUAGUAUCAUUGUGGGAAAGGAAAAUUGGCCAGACCCUCGAAAAGAUUUACCUUCCAGAGAAGGAAGUCCUUGAGAAAAUCCAGGAGGCUUCAAUGCCAUUAAAAUUCAUCCUGUCUCUGGGAUACACGGUUCUUGUGAAGGGAGAAAUGGCCAACUUUGAGAUCGAGGCUUCUCUUGGCAUGGAGGCAACGGAUGUCUAUCCCGAUGUAAAAUGCACCGCACUUGAUGAGUACCUCAAUCAGUUUGUAUCAGAGUAG